UCGUCGGAGGGGAUCGUUUGUUGUCGCCGCCGUCAUGUACCGGCAGAGCUUCCGUCCUCCGACGCCGCCGUACUUAGCGGGCGGGGGCUUCCGCAGCCCUCCUUGUGGAGAAAGUGGAGGCCCUAUGCCGGGCUCUCCGCACGGCUACAGAAGUCCCCACCACACGCCGCCUUACGGACAGCGCUCGCGGCCUUACGAAGUCUCCGCCCGCUCCCCGCGGUUCCAGCUGUGUGGGGAUGGCGGUGGGGGACGGUUCGGGGGCCCGUCUCCGACGGCGGCACACACGCCGUGUAGGCCGCACAGUGCCAGUCCUAGGUAUUCGGCCCCUUACAGCAGCGGCGGCGGCGGGAGCAGCAGGUCCCCCGGCGGAGCCUUCCACCAGCAACAGCCCUUCAAGCAGCCGCCCUCGGGGGGCUACCAGAGAUACAGCCAGGGAUCACCCAGGACAUCUCCAUUUGGUACACCGCAUGGCAGAGAGAAAAGAGUGUCUAGUGAUGAUGUGGAAAACUAUUACAAGCCUUCAAUGCUUGAGGACCCAUGGGCAGGCCUAGAGCCAGUAUCUGUUACAGAUGUUAACCAGCAAUUCAGCAGUGAACAAACAACAUACACUGGUAAAAAGGGGAGGUAUUUCAGUUAACAUUUCUAGCUCUGAGAAAUAAUGCAGCUGAGAGAAACUGGAACAAAAUCUUCAUAUUUAAGAUGAGAAGUAAUCAAGGACUUAGUAUGGUGCGUGUUUUUUUAAAAAUGCCCGUACCAUUUUUACUGCAUCGCAUAUUUUUAUAUGGGAAGAAAGGAGUAACGGGAACCUUAAUGCUCUUGUGUGGAAGAGGACCAUCCCGCUAUGAAGAAUAAAUAUUCUUUUGUCACCAGCAAAUUGGUUUGUGACUCUUUCUAGUUUUUAUCUCUUCUAUGCCAGAUUGUACAAUAUGUUUAUUAUUGUAAACCUCUUGAAAAGUGGUAUCCUUUUAUGUUUGAACAUUUUUAGAACAAAGACAGUUUUGAAAUAAAGGAAAUGUUUUGUAGAAUUACAAAUAUUUCAUUACUUUUUGUUAAGUCAUACUUCAAGUAAUCCUACUGAAAUUUCAUGUUUUCUGCCAGUAUGUGUAAACGAUAAACUUUUAUACAGACUUGCAAAUUUUAGUGUUAAACAAUUUAGCAGUCUUGGCAAAUGUAUUAACUUGUUGAAAUUAUCUAUAACUGUCUAUUUUCAUAUUUCAGAAGGGUGUUUUUUUGUUUUUUUAGAAACAAAACCUUACAGAUCUACUGCAAGACACCUCCUUGUACAAAAUACUUAAGUUUAACCUGCAUACAAAAAUCACUGGAUUAAAAAUACUGUUAAAUAGAAUUGUAUUAACCUGGUGGCAAGUCAGUUUUGUGUGCCUACUAAUUCAGCACCUGUAUAGAUGUAUUAAAUAACAGCUUUUCUUAGGAUUUUUAUUUAACGAGUAUGUGAUGGCUAGCUGCAAGACACCUGGGUUCCUGUUAGAUAACAGUCUCAGUUAAAAUUAUUGUUCAAGGGAUUAAUUUUGGAAGUAUCAGUUUAGUUUUUCAAAACAUUUAAGCUUCUUAAGAAAGGCAAUAAGAGAAACUUUUUGCUUGUUUUAUUCCAUGAAAAGCCUCACAAUCAUAAAUUGAGGGCUACUUGGGCAUAUAUCUUAACUUUUAGACUUGUUCUGGUCAGACCUGUAGAUCCUCAAGUAAAUAGAGACCUAGCUUUAGUGAAAAGAGUAAAUGAGGCUUUUAUUGGCUUAUUACACUCUGCAGACUUCAUGAUGGAUUUGUUUAGCAGCUCAGUUUGAUUACUUUUGUAUAGCUGUUGGGUAUACCAAGAAGAAUAAUGUAAAACAAACAUUCAGGCUUUCGCUGAUUUAAAUCUAAUGAAUAAAUAUAUUGACUAAUGAAAGGAAA